AUGUUUCCAUCAACAUUCUAUAUUUUUUUGUUAUUAUCUAUUCAAUUAGUUUACUGUAGGAGGACAGAUAUAUCAGUUGAGGCUAUUAAAGUUAACACAUCAUUUUUAUUAAUUGAUGAAGAUUGGCCCUUAAAUACACCACUUCCAAUAUCAAUUUGUACAAAUAAAUUUAAAUUUUUAAAAAUAUCAUCAGGUAAUGAUCAAGAUACUUUUUCAUUACAACCAUUCAAUGAUACUUGUGGUUAUUUAAAAUUAGAAAAAUUUCUUGAUGCUGAUCAACUUCAUCCAGAUGGUAGUCGUUCACAAAGUUUUACAAUACAUUUUGAAAAUAAAUAUCGUAUGCGUUCUGAGGUAGAAAUUCAGGUUGUUGAUAUUAAUGAUAAUCCUCCAAAAUUUAUUGAUUUUAAAAAAGAGAUUCCAUUAAGUGAAAACGCUCCAAGAGGUACUUUAGUAACACAUAUUCAAACAUUUGAUCCUGAUAAAGGUAUUGGUGGUAUUGCAAGAUUUUUUAUAAAUGAUAAUCGUUUUUCAAUUGAAAAUGAAAAAUGUUCCAAUUCAAGAUGUUUUGGUGAUAUUAUUUUAACAUCAACAUUAGAUUAUGAAACAAGUCCAAAAAUUAAUUUAACUAUUACAGCUAAAGAUGGUGCAUCAAGAACAAUAAAUUCAAAAGAAUCACAUAUAAAUAUAAUAAUAAAUAUUAUUGAUGAAGAAGAUUCUCCACCAUAUUUUAUAACAGAUUUAUCAAUUCCAAUUUUAAUACCUGAAAAUACAAAAUUAGGUAAUAAAGUAUUUCAAAUUAGAGCGGAAGAUGGUGAUAAAAGAUCAGAAAAAAAAAAUGCCAUUAGAUAUUUGAUUGAGGAGAAUGACAUUUUUUCAAUUGAUUCAGAAACUGGUUGGCUUAUAUUAGAAAAAGAAGUUGACUUUGAACAACAAAGAGAUUAUUCAUUAAAAAUACAAGCUAUAGAAUCAGGUCAAAAUGCAAUGGUUACUGAUGGUACAUUGUUAAUACAAAUUGAAGAUAUAGAUGAUAAUAUACCACGAUGUUUAGAUGAAAGUUAUAUAAUGUAUUUAAAUGCUUCAUCAUGGAAAUUUAAUCUUGAUAAACCAAUACAAGUUUUUGAUGCUGAUGAAGGAAAAUAUGCAUCAUUUUUACCAAUUAUUAAAGGUAGUAAUCAAAUUGUAUUUAGAAUUAUGCCAGAAAUUGUACAAAAAUCAGCAACAUUAGAACUUGAAAUAUCAAAUGUUGAUACAUCACUUUUAACAUCUAAAAUUAAUGAACUUAAAUAUAAGAUAUUGUUAUCUCCUUCUAAUACAUCUCAACGUCCUGGUCAUUGCGAUUUAUUUGUACAACUGAUUAGUUCAAAUAUUAAAAACAAUAAUAUUAAUAAUUUAUCGAAUAAUAAUGAAGAUGAGAAUAAGUUAAAUAAUGUCACAAAUGGAUUUAAUAUGAUACAAAAAAAAAAUAAUAAAAUAAAUAUUAGUAAUGAAAAAGAUAUUAAAACAUCUGACAUUAAAGAAAAUAUUGAUACAAUUAUUGUAGCAGGUGUUAAAAAUGAAGAAAUUCAAAAUAUUGAUAAUAAAAAGGUUAAAGUAUAUUUUACUCAAUCUAGCUAUCCAGUAAUAUUAACUUGUAAUACACCUGUUAAUACAAUUGUUGCUUCAGUUAAACCAAAAGAUAUUAAUAAUGAUAAAAUUAAUGAGGUAAAAUAUUUAUUAGUUGGUGAAAAAAGUAAAGAUUUUUCAAUUGAUAAAUCAACUGGUAUCAUUACUGUUAAAAAUAUAUUAGAAAAAAAUCAAAAUAUUAGUGUUGAUAUAGUAGCAUAUUAUACAGUUGAUGGAAAUAAUGGUACAUCAUCAGUUCCAUUAAUAGUAUAUGUUACUGAUUGUACUAAAGUGUUACAUUCACAUAAUACUUUAACAACAGAUACAAAUAUUAUUGAAGAAGAAAAACCAUCAUUAUAUUUUGGUGAAAUUAAUGAAAAUUCAAUGAUUGGUAAAGAAAUAAUAAAAUUACCUAUUAUAAUGCAAAAAGAUAAAGUAAAUAUUACUUAUAAAGUAUUUCUUGAAGAAACAAAAGAACCAUUAGUUAAUUUAUCUGAAGAUGGUGAAAUUAUUGUUGGACAAGUUAUUGAUUAUGAAAAAUAUAAAUCAUUAAAUGGUCAUGUAGUUGAAUUUGAAGGUGAUGAAAAAUCUAUAAUACUUGCUAAUUUUACAAUUUAUAUUCGUGAUCAAAAUGAUAAUCCUCCUGUUUUUAAAAAACAAAUUUAUGAAAUUGAAUUAAGUGAAGAUAGUGAGGUUGGAAAAAUUCUUCAAUUUGAUUAUCCUUUAGCUACUGAUGAAGAUUCUGGAAUAUUUUCAAAAUUAAAAUAUAGUUUUGUUAGAGGACCAAUAUCUUUACCAUUUUUUAUUGAUGAAAUAACAUCAGAAAUAAAGUUAAAUUCUAGUUUAGAUUAUGAAAGUGUCAAAAAAUAUGAAAUUGAGAUAAAAGUUAUUGAUAAUGGUGAUGAUGAUUUUAAUAAUGAAGCUAUUUCAAAAUUAAUUGUUCAUGUUAAAAAUGUAAAUGAUAAUGCUCCAAUAUUUUUACCACUUAAAAGUAAUACUUUUGAAAUAAGUGAAGAUGAUACAAUAGGUACAAUUAUUACAAUACUUAAAGCAAAUGAUUUAGAUGAAAAUGAUAUAAUAAAUUAUUCAUUACAAACAUCAAAUUCAGAAGAUGAAAAAUAUUUUAAUAUUGAUAAUGAAGGUAAAAUUGUUCUUGGUGAUAGUGUAAAAGGUAUGGUUGGUAAAAAUUAUACAAUAGAAGUAAAAGCUAGUGAUUCUGGUAAUCCACCAUUAACAGCAACAAUAAAAAUUUAUGUUAUAAUUAAAAAAGCAUCAAAUGGACCAAUAAUAUUAUGGCCUAAACAAAAUUCUGUUCAUUUCUUUAAAGAAAAUGAGGAAUAUCAAAGUCUAUUACAAAUAAAUGCUACACUUUCUGAUGAAUAUUUAGUUCAUAAUCCAAAUUCAAAAAUAAAUUUUUCUAUUGUUCAAUUAUCAAAUGAUGAUUGGAAAAAUUUUGAAAUAAAUAAUGAUGGUAUUUUAAGAUCUAAAAAUGUAUUUGAUUAUGAAAUUAAAACUAAAUAUGAAUUACAAAUUGAAGUAUGUGAUAAUGAAAGUCGUUGUGUUUUAAGUAAUUUUCGAAUUAUGGUUACAGAUAUUAAUGAUAAUUGUCCAUAUUUUGAAACAUUACAAAAUGUUGAAAAAUAUGAAAUAACAGAAAAUAUUCCAAUAAAAAAUGAUGAAAUAGGUGAAAAAAUAGCUGAAAUAAUUCCAGCUAUAGAUAAAGAUGGAACAUUAGAAUUUCAAUCAAUAUGUUAUAAAGUUCACCAUCCAAAUGAUAAAUUUUUCUUUCCUAACAAAAAAAUACCAACAUUAUAUACAAAUACAUCAUUAGAUAGAGAAUAUAAAGAUUCAUAUAAUGUUAUUAUUAAAACAUUUGAUUGUAAUGAAUAUAAUACAAAAUUAACUUGUAAAGAUAAUAAUUUAAAUAUUAAUGAUACACAAAAAAUUGUUAUUGUUAAAAUACUUGAUCUUAAUGAUAAUUAUCCCAAGUUUAGAGAAAGAGUUUUUUAUGGUGAAAUUAUACAAGGAAAAACUAAAUUUGGUGAUGUAAUUUUAAAUUUAGAAGCAAUUGAUUUAGAUAUUGAACCUAAUGGUUUAUCAUAUUCUGUUCUUGAGACAAUACAAAUUGGAACACAAACAACAAAAUCUGAAAGAUUACCAUUUUCAAUUAAUAGUAAAACAGGGGAAGUAGUCAAUAAUUUAUUUAUGAAUAUUGAUACACCAAAAAAUUUUACAUUUAAUGUUAUAGUUCAAGAUAGUGCUGGUCAUGAAGAUGAAGCUAAAGUUAUCAUUACUGUUGUUGAACAUUAUGAACAAGUUGAAAUAAUUUUUGAUGCAGAUAUAUCAUUUAUUCAAGAAAAUCAAAAAGAAAUUGAAAAAAAAUUAUAUGAAGCAACAUCAUUAAAAUUUAUAAUUGAUGGUAUUCAUGAUAUGGGUAAUGAUACAAAAGUUUCUGGACAUUUCUUAAAUCAAUAUAAUACAGUUGUUAGUACUGCAUCUGUUACAUCAAUACUCAAAAAUCCAGUAAAUGAUUGGCAAGGUGAAGCACAAGAUGUAUUAUAUAAACAAUAUAAAAUGAAACCAAUAUACUCACCAUUAUCAGAAAAUUUUGAAUUUUCUGAAAGAUAUUUUAAUUUAUUUGUUGUAAUUGCAUGUGUUUUUGUAUUUCUAGUUUUAUUAUUACUUUUUUGCAUCUGUCGACAAGUAUGUUGCAAGAAAAAAAACAAAUUAUCAGAAUUAGAAAAAUUUCGUCGACAUUCAUUGUACCAUACAAAUAGUCUACAAACAAAUUCCUUAAAAAUGCCACCACCACCACCUUUUACAAUAACUAAUCCAAAUGUAGUAAGAGCACCAAGUCAAAAUAGAGUAGGAGAAAUAAUAACGGCAAUUGAUAUGCCAUAUGUUGUUGGUAAAAAUACUGAUAAUUUAACAUCAACAGAAUUAUAA